AUGCAAAUUUCCAACCUUUUGACUGUCGUUGUAUGUGCUCUUUUUGCCUCCGAAGCCGAAGCCUUAAACUUGAAGGAAGGGGUUUAUUUGGGCGGUAAGAUAUUGUCCUUUGACCAAGGGAAGGGUAUUUUUGUCCCAGGGGUCACUACUUCCUCUCCGACCUCCACUCAAAAUGACCCUACCGGACAGCCCUCUAAUGCUCCAACCGAGGCUCCAAUCUUGAAGAGAGCUCAUUUUGCCCCACCUCCACGUCAUACGACUUUAUUCACUAUGCACAGGCCAUGGCAUAACGGCACUCACGGUGGACCCGGUCAUGGUGGACCCGGCCAUGGUGGACCCGGCCAUGGUGGACCCGGCCAUGGUGGACCCGGCCAUGGUGAACCCGGCCAUGGUGGACCCGGUCAUGGUGGACCUGGCCAUGGUAGACCCGGUCAUGGUGGACCCGGUCAUGGCGGACCCGGCCAUGGUGGACCUGGCCAUGGUGGACCCGGUCAUGGUGGACCCGGUCACGGUGAACCCGGCCAUGGUGGACCCGGUCACGGUGAACCCGGUCGCGGUGGACCCGGUCAUGGUGGUCAUGGUGAACCCGAUCAUGGUGGUCAUGGUGAACUCGGUCAUGGUGGUCAUGGUGAACUCGGUCAUGGUGGUCAUGGUGAACCUGGUCACGGUGAACCUGGUCAUGGUGGUCAUGGUAAUGAUGGACAUGGACAUGAUGGACCUGGUCGUGGGGAUGGCUUUGGUCAUGGAAAUGAGGGCCCCAACGGUCACAGACAUGGUAAACGUGAGAGCUACUACCCACAGAUUGACAUCGAACAGGCGAAGAGAGCUUUCAAGAAAAACGCCAAGUUUGACCCGCUCCCCUAA